AUGGGUUUCUCUAAGGGGUAUGGAUUUUUGGAAUUUUUUACACGUGCUGCUGCUGAGAAUGUUUUGCAGACAUAUUCUUGUAUUGCUAUGCCUAACAUCGAUCAAGUUUUCAGGUUGAAUUGGGCUACAUUUAGCAUGGGUGAUAAACGUUCAAACAAUGGUUCUGAUCUUUCUAUCUUUCUGCGAGCUCAUUUUGGAAACCAGUGGACGAGUCCAUACUAUGGAGGGCAUUAUUACGAUGGCUAUGGAUAUGCUAUGCCAUUCCCUCGUGCUCCAAGCAUGUACGUAGCAGACAAGGCUUAUCCCAUGUAUGGAACUCACCAGCAGCAAGUAAACUGA